CCACGCCUAAUGUAAUAAUUACCAGCAGCUAGCAGAUCCAAUCCUAUCUUAUUACCAUAUAAUUUAUUCAUGUCCCUUUCUGGCUGAAGAGAGAUAUUAACCGUAUAUAUAAACAAUGCACAGUGCUGCUCUAUAACUUACAAACCAUUUUGAUCGAUAAUACCGGAAGUUCAUUGAUUCCCCUAGGUUUCUCCAUCUCCAAAGAUCGACCAACUUCUCCUAAUUCAUCAUGGAGGAGAAACCCCCCCAUUCAGACAUUCAGCUUCCUCCUGGAUUCAGAUUCCACCCUUCUGAUGAGGAGCUCAUCCAUCACUACUUGAGAAACAAAGUAACUUCAAGCCCAAUCCCAGCUUCUAUCAUAGCUGAAAUAGAUCUGUACAAGUAUAAUCCAUGGGAGCUUCCAAAGAAAGCUUUGUUUGGAGAGGAUGAAUGGUAUUUCUUUACACCAAGAGAAAGGAAGUAUCCAAAUGGAGUGAGACCUAAUAGAGCAGCAGGUUCAGGUUAUUGGAAGGCUACAGGGACAGACAAACCCAUACUUACUUCGUGCGGGACAAAGAGUAUUGGUGUCAAGAAAGCACUUGUUUUCUACAAAGGUCGUCCUCCCAAAGGAGUUAAGACAGAUUGGAUCAUGCAUGAGUAUAGAUUGCACGAUUCCAUGACUUGGACUGCCAAGCGAAAAGGGUCAAUGAGACUAGAUGAUUGGGUUCUAUGCCGAGUUAGGAAAAAGAGCGGGAUGCUGAGGAACACUAUGGAAGACCAUAGAAAUGCUACUCCAAGUUAUGAACCUGCAACAGCGCCCUACUUUCAACCAGUACUGGAAGAGCCACGCUCUAUGAACAUGAACCCUAAUCUGUUUGCCGCAGUCAGAAAUUAUUUAUACAACGAUUGUCCGAUGCUGCCAUACAUCUUUGCCUCUCAGGCGAUUCCUUCCAAUUCCAUGCAUAAUACAACCUCCUCAAGCUGCAUAAGCUUCCCAAGUCGCAGCAUUAAUGGGACAUCCUGCCCUUCCAGCUUCCUUGAAGAUGAUACAAAUAUUGUAAAGGAAUCGCAGUAUUUCGACGUUUCUUCUUCCAGCAAUAACUUUCUUAACCCAUUAAAGAGAAUAAUAUCCUUGGAAGCUGGAAACCAUGAUGAUGAGAUCAGGGACGGUUUCUUCCCACCAAGCAAGAUAAGCUGCAAUGGGAGUGAUGAUCAUAGCAUGGGAAUUAUGAAAUUCUGUGGAACAGACCAUCUUCAAGAUAAUAAUUUGGAAGCUGACCAAUGGAGUACUUCCCAGCUUGUUCAAUAUCAAGAGUUUGAUAAUCACUUGGUAUUUACACACUGCGAACAGGGUACUAAUGGAGAGAAGGAUAUGUAAAUAACUUCCUAGGGUUCUUUUGGGGAGUACUGGAUUGUGAUCUAUUAAUUGUUUGCUGUUGAAUAAGUUGUUUGGUAAUCAUUCCUUUCGUUAUGUGAAUUAAUAGUGUGUAAAAUAGAUAUGAGUUUUUUUAUAUAAAUAUGUAUAUUCUUUGGUAUUUUGUAAUACGCAUUGAUAACUUUUAUUUAGAUAUUAUUUGAAGAACUUAUG